AUGUCGGGGAUCGAGGUCGCAGGGAUCGUCUUGGGAGCAUAUCCUGUUCUCCUGGAGACAGCCAAGGAUCUACGUGAGGUCUUCAAGGAUGUCAAGACUUGGUGGCGCUUCGAAAGGGAGUUUGAGAACUUUUUGUCGGUCCUAGAGACAGAACACAUCAAGUACUCACUGAACUUGCAAAUUCUUCUCGAGGACCUAGAUAUACCAGAAGAAGAUAAGGAUACUCUUCAGGUUGACCCUACCGCUUCAGGAUGGUACGACGUGCAAACACAGGUCAAGCUUCGACGUCGAAUCCAGGACCGCUAUUACAACUGGUUUAUGAGACAAUUGGCUGCAAUGAACAGGGCUUUGGGUGACCUUCAAGAUCUCCUACCAACUAUCCAUUACGUGAACUUUUCAAGCAUCGAAAGGGAAAUGUUCAGGCUAAAGACCAGUUUCACUCACCGUAAAGAUGUACUCUUGGCCGAGGUUCGAGAUCGCAACAACGAAAUCUUCACAUUCUUGGAACGAGCCGCUCAUCUCAGCAGUUCGAGAACACCUCCCCCACCCAGGCUUGCAAGGAAACAGACGACGCCAUUGCUUGCUCUUCAGAGUGAGGCCACUGCCCUAUACGAAACAUUUCAAAUGCAUCUACACUGGAAACCUGAAGACAAACCGACAAAGUUGAAGCUUAUCCGGUGGCCCUCAAACACAACCAAGAAAGAGGAGGCAGAGAAUAUGGGCAAAGCCUCCCCUCCCACAGUUCGAUUUGCCGACGAUUCUCCAAAUGAACCAACCGCAGAGUAUAGCAUCGAUGAAGGUUCUACAGUUAUAUAUGACUUGUGCCGAACCAUCAACCCAACAACACAGUCAAUAGACAACCCGGAGAAUCAGCUGCCGCUGCAAGGCUACAAAAUUGAAUCGUUCGAAGCCUUCGUCAGGGCUACGCCCCGAAGAGAUGCCCGGCUGAAAGUUGGCCGUGACCUAAUCCUCGCAAUACUAAGCCUCGGUACUUCAUCAUGGGUUCCAGCCUCGUGGACCGCGAAGGACUUAUUCCUCAUCCGAGAUCCCACAGCCCCGGUUCCGCGGCCUUAUUUCAACCACACAUCGCUUCGUCAGUCACUUUCCAGCAACGAGUCGAGGUCGACGGCCAAGCAGACUCGAGAUUCGCUCUUUUCACUCGGCGUUUUGCUUCUGGAGCUCGUAUUCAGAGACCAAUUGGAGAACCAGCACUUUCGGGCCGGGCUGAUGGGACCGAACAGCAAGCCAACCGCGGUAACUGAUUUGGCAACGGCACUUCUGUGGCAGCAAAAAGUCGAAGAGGAACUGGGUCAUGACUUGGCUGACUCCAUCAAGCGGUGUCUCGUAUGCAUGUUUGAGCAGGCAGCAACUCCAGAUUUGGGCAAUUCCGGCUUUGUCCAAGCUGUGUGGCAGCAAGUGGUACGACCGAUAGAAUCGUUCAUCUCAGCUUGGAAUAGGAGUUGA